AUGUACUCUUGCGCCAACUACCCCCGUGGAUGCCGUGGCCGUGUCAACAGACAAGGAGCCAAGUGCUCGGACUGUGUGUCUUUGAACUUACGUCGCCCAGCAUUUGCGUCUCCAUUUGCCCAACCGCGUGAAUACAAGCGCGCGCUGCCCUCGGAGCUCUUUGGUGAAUCCAUCACCAAGCCCGAGCAGCUGUAA